AUGCCCCCCAAGCAAGUCCGCGCGAGAGAGAUGGCCUCCCAGGCAAUUCCUCCUGUUCCCAUUGGGCCUCAUCAGACCACUUCAAAUGCCCUCCACCGUAUCAAGUUCUUGGGAGAACUUCACCGAUGGCCCAAUUUUUUCCGCGGCAUCGAAAGCUAUAUUCAAAGCACAAGGUGGAGCACCAAAGCCAUCAAAUACACGCAUACUUCUGGCAACCCUGAGGCCGAAUCACACCUUAUUGUGGACGAGGCAGGGCUCCAAGGUCUUUUCAAUCACUCAAUUGGAUAUCUUGUGGGGAAAAUCCUGGAGGUACAGUCAAUUGACCUCCAAUUCGCCGACUUCAGGUGCCUUGGAAGCCAAUACGCCAAGACGCCGGAUUCAAUUCUUAUGACCACGAAUACUGCGACACCCGAGCUCAAGAUGCUUGGGGAGUUGAAGGUUUGGUGGAUUGAAGAGCAUGACCUGGUAGAGGCCUAUGGCAACGAAUCUGCGCUCCGCAGAUUGCUCGCGCAGCCAAUCCAGUAUAUGAAGGAUUUGAACUGCAUGUAUGGCUUCAUGAGCAAUUACCAGCAAACAAUUUUUCUUCGGCAACAGUUUAUCUGCGGGAAAUGGGUAGUCGAUUACUCUCCGGUCAUUCUCGCAUCUACCUCCUACAUCAAGACUGACCUUGGAGAUUUUCUGGCAACACCAAUCGUUUCGUUGAGGCAAUGCUUUCUCGCCAUUGCGCAUCAAGCACAGACCCAAGGACCUGUUUCAAAUCUCACACCAAAUUGGCAGUGGGUUAUGUAA